GAAAAAAAAAGAAUGGUUAAACUGGGAGGCGUUGUGGUUUGUCUUUUGAUUGUGGCCAUGGAUGUUGGAGCAGGGAUCCUUGGCAUCCAAGCUGAAGUUGCUCAAAACAAGGUUAAGCACUUAAGGGUGUGGAUAUUGGAGUGCAAAGACCCGAGCCGCGAUGCAUUCAAGCUAGCGUUGGGCGCGGCGGCGUUGCUGACUCUAGCCCAUGUGCUUGCCAACCUGCUUGGUGGGUGCAUGUGUGUUUGUUCUCAGGAAGAGUUCCACAGAUCCUCCGCUAGUACGCAGCUCUCGGUCGCAUGUUUCUUCUUCACUUGGAUAAUAUUGGUGGUGGGAUUGGGGGCUCUGGUGAUAGGGAUACUACAAAACGACAAGUCCAAGGCGUCGUGUGGGCUGACGCACCACCAUAUCCUGUCCAUCGGAGGGAUUUUGUGUUUUGUUCAUGGGCUGUUUUCGGUUGCUUAUUACGUUUCUGCAACUGCUGCUAGUGAUGAAGGAAAGUAAAAAAAGGAACGUGUCAACAAUCACUACGGACCUAUAUGUAAAAACAUCUGUAAAAUCAUCUGUUGAUGCCAUUAUUAAUCUUGCGGGGCGGCAUUUGUUGGCUCGAGCCUAAUUCUUCUUCUUUAUAUAUAUAUAUAUCCCCCGCUUUUAUAGAGAUAUGGAAUGUGU